AUGUUCACCAAGCAGACUCUUCUCGCGUUUGUCGGGGCCCUGGCCCUGGCUGCGGCCAAGACUACUACUGAGCAGAACCCUACCCAGGCUGAGAUCGAUGCUGCCCGGGCUACUGUUCUACCUUACUCGCCUGUUUCCAACGUCAAGGGUUUGGCCUUUGACCGUUUCGUGGAUAUCUGGCUCGAGAACACUGACUAUGCGACCGCUGCUCUGGAUGAGAACCUGUCCAAGUUAGCCAAGGAGGGUAUUCUCCUGACUAACUACUUUGCCGUGACUCACCCCUCGGAGCCUAACUACUGUGCUUCCGCUGCGGGUGACACCUUCGGCAUGGACAACGAUGACUUCCACCAGAUCCCCGCCAAUGUCUCCACCAUCGCGGAUCUCUUCGACACCAAACACAUUGCCUGGGGCGAGUACCAAGAAGACCUGCCUUACGCUGGUUACCAGGGCUUCCGUUACCCGCUCAGCGGUGCGAACCAGUACGUGCGCAAGCAUAACCCGCUCGUGCUCUUCGACUCCGUCACCAAUGACGCUGUCCGCCCGCGGCAGAUCAAGAACUUCACUACUUUCUACGAGGAUCUUGAGCACCACCGUCUGCCCCAGCACAUGUUCAUCACCCCUAACAUGACUAACGACGCUCACGAUACCAACAUCACCUUUGCCGGUGACUGGGUCGCCAAGUUCCUCCCUCCCCUGCUGAAGAACGAGUACUUCACCAAGGACACCCUUGCUCUCGUGACCUUCGACGAAGUGGGCAACUACUCCGUCCCCAACCGCGUCUACAGCUUCCUCGUUGGAGGCGCCAUCCCCGAGCACCUCAAGGGCACCACCGACGACACCUUCUACACCCACUACUCAGUCAUCGCAUCACUCUCCGCAAACUGGGGUCUUCCCUCUCUCGGCCGCUGGGACUGCGGCGCCAACCUCUUGAGCCUGGUCGCCGAGAAGACUGGUUACGUUAACUGGGAGGUUGAUACCACCAAUGCUUAUAUCAAUGAGACCUACCCCGGUCCUUUGUCCGACAACGACUACUCCGAGUACUCCUCCAAGUGGGCAAUCCCCACCGUCAAGGGCAAGUGCUCUGCUGGCCAUGGUAUUGCCGAGGUCGUAAAGAAGACUUACCACGGUCUUGAGCCUACUUAUAACUACACCAGCCCUGUGCCUUAUGACUCGGUCAGUGGUCUGAACCUUGGUAUUAAGUACCACCGUACUCUGAAGCACGGAAAGAAGGAGUCUGGUAUCACGGCAUAG